CAUGCUUUCAACAUGCACAACAAUAGACAACCUAAUUCCAACCUUGCAUGUUGUCAUGAGCAACGUACACAUGCUUUUAAACUCUCAAAACCUUCCAAUAAGAACUCCUCCAAGCCAAGUACAUCUUGUUCUACUAGCUAGUUGUGCAAAACAAAACCUUGCCUUAUACCUUCUCAACUUUGAUACUGGAUUCCCAUAUUCAAAACAAAUUUUCAUGCAUGGAGAAGAAAAACUUCCUAAAAGAUGAAACCUUUCUCCAACAACAUAAAGUUCUUGCUAUAUUUCUAUUUUUGAGUUUUGUUUUGAUGGACCCUUUUCAUUUAGGUCCACUAGGAGAACAUGAAUUUCGACCCGUGAAACACAACGUUGCACCAUAUAAACAAGUCAUGAAGAAUUGGCCUAAGGACAACAUGAGUAGACUAGGACUUCACGGAAAAUUAGAAUUCGAAAAUGAAGUAUUUGGACCAGAGUCACUUGAGUUCGAUAACAUGGGUCGUGGACCUUACACCGGUUUAGCCGAUGGCCGCGUUGUCCGAUGGAUGGGAGAACAACUUGGUUGGGAAACUUUUGCAGUUGUCACAUCCAAUUGGACUGAGAAGACUUGCAUGAGGGGAAAUGACUCUACAACUCCAAAGCAAUGGAAACAUGAGAAAACAUGUGGGCGUCCCCUUGGUUUAAGAUUUGACAAAGAGAGUGGAGAUUUAUACAUAGCAGAUGCAUAUUAUGGUCUUCUUAUGGUUGGACCAAAUGGAGGACUAGCUACACCAUUGGCAACCCAUGUCGAAGGAAAACCCAUUCUCUUUGCAAAUGACCUUGAUAUUCACAAGAAUGGGUCCAUCUUCUUCACUGACACAAGCACAAGAUACAAUCGAGUUGCACACUUUUUUAUAUUGUUGGAAGGAGAAGGAACAGGUAGGCUCCUUAGAUAUGAUCCUCCUACCAAAACAACUCAUGUUGUCUUGGAUGGUCUUGUUUUUCCUAAUGGAGUGCAAAUUUCGAAAGAUCAAUCCUUCCUCCUAUUUACUGAAACCACCAACUGCAGGCUAAUGAAACUUUGGAUAGAUGGUCCUAAAGAUGGAACAGUGGAAUGCGUGGCCGACCUUCCAGGAUUCCCAGACAACGUAAGAAUGAAUGAAAAAGGACAGUUUUGGGUGGCAAUAGAUUGUUGUCGAACUGGACCUCAAGAAGUCUUGAGUAACAAUCCAUGGUUGAGGAGUAUUUACUUCCGCUUGCCUGUAAGAAUGAGCUUGUUGGCUAAAGCAAUGGGGAUGAAAAUGUACACAAUGAUUGCACUUCUUGAUGAUAACGGAAAGAUUCUUGAAGUUCUUGAAGAUCGAGAAGGCAAAGUGAUGAAGCUGGUUAGUGAAGUUAAAGAGGAGAAAGGAAAGCUUUGGAUUGGAACAGUAGCUCAUAAUCACAUCUCCACCUUACCUUACCCUUAAAAAUAUGACUUUGUCAUGCAUUAAGUUAAAUUUCUUGUGUCUUGGUUUAGGAUUUUCCUUUUAGUAAAAUUAAAUGCUAGAAUUGCUUAAUCUUUAUCUGUGCAAGUAUUUUAGUUAAUCAAAUAAUUUUUUCUAA